AUGGGCAGUCACAAGCAAGACAAUGCCUCAGAGGUGACUGAAUUCAUCCUUGUUGGAUUUUCCCAACAGCCUCAAAUCCAGACUGCCUUCUUCAUGGGACUGCUGUUUUUCUACCUGAGCACAAUGUUUGGGAACAGCCUUAUCGUUGUUGUAGUGAGAUGGGAUUCUCGACUUCAUACCCCUAUGUAUUUUUUUCUUAGUAACUUAUCCUUCCUUGAUAUCUGCUACUCUACAAGUUGGGAGCCAUAUGUGUUGGCCCAAUGCUUCAAGGACUUUCCCACCAUUUCCUACAGCAGCUGUUAUGCCCAGAUGACCACAUCCCUCUUUCUGGGGAUGACAGAGUGUCUCCUCCUUGCUAUCAUGGCUUAUGACAGGUUUGUUGCCAUCUCUAAUCCCCUGCGUUACACCAUCAUUAUGAACAAUCGGGUUUGCAUACAGCUGGCCUUGGGAACCUGGGCCAGUGCCUUCUUAGUAGCAGUCACACCAAUCAUUGCAAUCCCUGCUCAUUACUGUGGGCACAAUACCAUCAAUCAUUUUACCUGUGAGAUCCAGGCACUACUAAAGCUUGUCUGCUCAGACACCCCUAUCAGCCUAAUUCUGGGCCUGGUUAUCAGUGUGUUCACACUGCCCCUCCCAUUCACCUUCAUCCUCAUUUCCUACUUUUGCAUUGUGGUUACUGUGCUGAAGAUCCGCUCUGCAGAGGCCAGGCUCAAAGCCUUCUCCACUUGUGGCUCCCAUCUGACUGUGGUCACCAUAUUUUAUGGGACAGCCAUCUACAUGUACCUGAAACCUCAGUCAAAGGAGUACCAGGAAGAGGACAAAGUCAUCUCAAUAUUUUAUGGAGCAGUUACUCCCAUGUUAAAUCCCCUCAUUUACACUCUGAGAAAUAAGGAUGUAAAAGGUGCACUUAGGAAGUUAGCCAAAGGAAAUGAAAAAUCCUAA